AUGGGACCUCCAUGGCAGCGGGAGGGUGUGAGCAGCACAGCCAAGGGGAAGCAAGGGGAGCCAGGCUGGGUAGAAGCCAGUCCAGCCCUCAGCGGGCGGGACGCUGCUCUCACCCCGUGUCCCCUACUGUUCCCAGGAGACGGGGCCCCCGUGAGGCUGGCGGGGAGCCAGAGGAGCUGCGCAGGCCGCGUGGAACUUUUCCACCAGGGGACCUGGGGCACCGUGUGUGAUGACCUCUGGGACCUGCGGGACGCCAGCGUCGUUUGCAGGCAGCUGGGGUGUGGCUGGGCCGUUUCAGCGCCGGCCGAGGCCCACUUUGGGACGGGCUCCGGAAAGAUCAUGCUGGACGACCUGCGCUGCAGGGGCGACGAGAGGCACCUGGAGGAGUGCCCCCACUCGGGCUGGUUCUCCCACAACUGCGGGCACGGGGAGGACGCCAGUGUGAUCUGCUCAGCCCCACUAGGAAUUCCCGGCCCGGCUGCCGAUCCCAUCCCAGUAACAUCCCUGGGUCCCCCAGACUUGCCCAUCGUCAGGCUGGUGGGCGGGCGGAGCCGCUGCGAAGGGCGCGUGGAGCUCUACCACGCCGGCGCGUGGGGGACGGUGUGCGACGACCUCUGGGGCAUCGGCGCUGCCCACGUGGUGUGCCGGCAGCUGGGCUGCGGGACCGGCACCGGGGCCCCGGGGAACGGCCACUUUGGGGAGGGCACGGGGACCAUCCUCCUGGACAACGUGCAGUGUCGGGGCGACGAGGCCACCCUGGGCCAGUGCCAGCACCUGGGCCUGUCCGUCCACAACUGCGGCCACCACGAGGACGCCGGGGUCGUCUGCUCAGGUACCCACUCCUGGUCCCUCCUGAGUCUGCCAGGGAGGUUCAGUUACUCCCUGCAUCCUUAG